UUUACACAGGUUUGAAUUUUUUUUCGUUUGCAUUUUAAUUCUUUAAAAAGGUACAAUGCAUUUUAAAACUGCUGUUAUUCUUUGCGCGUUGUAUCUCUUAACGUCUGCACGGAGCAUUGGACUGAACAGUACACAGCUAUGUGAAAUUAUUGAUCUGUACGAAAAUCACAAAAUGUCUGCUGGCCGAAUUGCCGAAGAAAAAAUCACACAGCUUAUGGAAAAUUUUUUUGGAAUUCAAGAGUCUAAAAAACUUUUUGAUCGCGAUUCAAACGGAAACAAUGCUGUAGAUUUAAAGAUGUUACUGUUGACAUUGGCGUAUAAAGAUAAGAAAACACACGACUGCUUCCAGACUCAAAUGCUUACACCUUUUGAAGUGGAGUUUUUCCUCAGUGUGUUUACCGAACACGCAAACAGUUCCAACCAAGAUGGACGUCUUAGUCUUCAACAGCUACCAGGUGUAUUAGAAGAUUUUAAAUUAGACGAUACGGAGAUCGAUAAAGUAGUCAAAAAACUUAAAGUUGAUAAAAAAAAAAGGAUCUUUUCAAAGGCUGGUUACACAAUGUCGAAAUUUUUAAAUUUGAAUUCAAUUAAAGCUCAAUUUGUUAUUAAUGAAGCGGAUUUCUUGUUGAUAAUGUUGGAAAUAAAACCAGAAGGUUAUGGUUUAGACCUACAGCAAAUAGAAAAGUUCGUUGAUUUGUAUAAUAAUUGUCCAAAACGGAUUCCGGUAGUAUUGAUCCUCUGGAAAUUCAAAAAAUCUUCAAAGAGUUUGGAACACAUGGAUGAACAAGGGAUUAUGGAUACAUUUAUAGUCCAGGGAUUCUUAAGAGAUUUCGUUAGUUACGACAAAGACAGUGAUGGUUUCCUCACACAUGAAGAGUUUUCUUCUUGGGUGGAACUCGCAAGACGUGAUAUGUUUGAUAAGCCAAAAGGCGGUCAUCCUCAAAAUUUCGACGGUAGAUCUACUAAAAAACAAGAGGAAAUUGAGCAAACCAUUGAAUCUGAUGAUGACAAACAAGCCUAA